AAUGUUAAUAAUUAAAAACUUAACGGUUUGACAGGAUAAAUGCGCCAUUUAUUUGGCCAAUUUUUACUGAUUGGCCAUGUCUGAGUCUGGCUAUCGAUGCAGGCCUACCCUGCGCCUCGCCGAGAUGCGGCCCCACAUGACGAGCUUUGCCUGCGUGGCGCUGAUUAUUGCCAAGUCGGAGCCGAAUGUGUUUCUGGAUAAGCUGAGCAGCGAGCAGCGCGGCGUGAUUUGCUUCACGUUGCGCGACACCCGGCUGCACAUAGCCAACUGCAAGUGCUGGGGCAGCAAGGCCAGCGUGGAGGAGUACACGGCCAUGCUGCAAAUAGGCGACAUUGUGGACAUUGUGGGCGCCAAGGUGAUGGCCAUAACGCCGCCAAACAUGCCCGGACUCUGUGAGCAGCAGCAGCAGCAGCGCUAUCAGCCACGCGGCACGCUGUCCUGUGCGCUGGUCGUCAACGAGGGACACGGCUAUCUGGUGAAGCACAACGGCAAUGAUGCGUCCAUUGUGCAGCCGCUGCGUCAACUCAUCCAUGUGCCGCACAAGCCGCUGAGCAGCGCUCUCAAGCUGGCGGAUGUGCGCUGUGCCGCGCCAGGCGCCGAACAGCGGCCGGCUGUCUACGUGGAUCUGCUUGUCGCCGUGGCCGCGGUGCGUCCGGUGCGUGAGCUGAAGCGCAAGCUGGCGACAGGAGUUGGCAAUGCGACACGGCUGCUGCACUGCCUCGAGCUGGUGGUGAUCGAUAUCAGCUGUGCCGACGGCAUGGUAUUCACGAUCUGGCACCCGGACUGGAUACGUCGCGCGCAGUACUGGCAGCCGCGCAAGACGCUGCUGCACCUGAUCGAUGUGCGGCUCUCGCAUUCCCAGUUCUAUGGCUGUCCAGUGCUUAGCCUCGCCAGCUGCACACUCAUCUAUGAGCAGCCGCUGCCGCAGAGCGUCGAGUGCCAGGCGCUGCUCACGUUCGCCGCCAGCACGCCGCUCCAGACAUAUGAUAUAUUCGCGCAAACGGACUUGGAGCAGCUGCCAGCGGCCGAGCACAUCCAAACGCAGAUGAGCGUGCGGCAGAUCUACGCGCGCGCCGAGGGCGAGCUGCAGGAUGCGACCAGCGAGCACUUUACGGCCGUGCUCUAUGCCCUGGUCACCAAGUUCGAUCUGGACGGCCUGGCCGCUAGCAUCAGCAAGAAAUGCAAGGCGUGCAACAGGCUCAUCCCGAACAGCCGCAGCGACUGCGACAAUGAGAGCUGCCUGCUGGAGUUCUCGUUGGGACACAGCGGCGCACAUUUCGAGCACUUCUUCAACAUCAACAUACACCUGUCCGACCAGACGGGCACGCUGCUCGAGACGCGUCUCAGCGGCGGCGUCGCGGAGCAUUUGCUGGGCCUCAAAGCGGACGCCUUUCCGCAGCUGCCCGAGCCCAAGAAGACGGAGCUCAAGUGGCGCUUCCUCUUGAAAUACUUUGAGGUCAAAUUGCUGGUGAGAAAGCCAGCGGCAAUGCGCAAGAAUCUGGCUGUUAGCGUGGUGGACAUGGAGCUCAUUUCGCUGGCGAAGCUCAUUGAAAAGAUAAGCGUGUUUUAAAGCGCAGCGCAGCAAAGGCUAUUUAUCAAAGGUAACUUGGACUUGAAGCAAUUUCAAGAAAUUAUUUAGUUAAAGUAGUUAUCGUCUUUGAACAUAUUUAAAUGAAGUCCUUAUUUAACUAUCUUAUAACUAAAGAAAACUUAUGUUAAAUAAUAUGCAAAACAAUGUUAGAUCCAUAAGGCUAUCAUAUAAACAGCUGUAAAUUAGUAGAAAAUAUGUGCCUUAAGAAACAGAAUCGAAGAGUUUUGUGUCUCAUCAAAUAACUUGAGACAGGCGGACAGAUCUGAAGGCAAUUAGACAUAUCCACGAAUAAGACUAUCAUAAAACAACUAGGCCUUCAAAUCAAGCAACAUUCAAUAAUUGUUAUGUAGUUCAAGUGUUGCUGGAAAUCAAUCUCGUCAAAUAAGUUGUAAGAACCAAAUCCAAAAGGCCAUUUAAUGUAACUACAAAUACCUUUGGCAUUGGCUUUACAAUAUAUUUCUAACGAAAUUGAA